AUCCCCACUCAGCCUACUGAUAUUUUUUGAAUAGCCUUGGAUUUAUACGCAACAAAUCGCGCACAAGAAGUUCUAAGACUCAGUGGCGAAGACUCGUGAUGUUGGGUCGCCUCUUCAAGGUCUUUCUAGUCCUGAACCUGGCGGGUCUUUCGGUCUGGUUGACCUUCCUCGUCGCGCCCUUCGUUGACCUGGGUCGAGGAGGAGCGAGGGCUGGACAAGGGCGGUACUUGGGUACUUCUCGAGACCUACUGGUGGCGCAGCGAAAUCUCAGCGAUGCGAUCACGACUCCGGUCUUUCCCAAGUUCCUCGUCUACAACCGUGUUCCCAAGUGCGGUUCAGCGACCAUGCUUCGCCUCAUUCGCAGCUUGUCUCGGAGGCAUGGCUUCAGCUUAAACAACAUGAGGGAUACAGGCCUAACCCACACCGCCCGCGAGCAACAGCUGAGGCUGGCGGAAUGGAUGUUCAACCGACCCGCUCACAUGUCCCAUUUCUUCUUUAAGCAUAUUUAUUUCGUCAAUUUCACCAAGCUCGGGUACGCGGAGCCCAGCUGGAUAAACGUGGUGCGACACCCAGUCUCCCGCUACGUCAGCCACUACUACUACAAGCGCCCGACGGAAAGCCUGGACGAGUGCUACGCCUCGGGUCGCUGUAGGGUUAGGAAAGGCGAGAUUUCGAGAGGCCUCCAACUGACGUACUUCUGCGGCCAAGACACCUUCUGCAGCAUCAUCGGCAACCGGAAGGCUCUGCAGGUGGCCAAGCAGGUGGUGGAGACGGCAUACGUGGUGGUGGGCCUCAUGGAGCAGUACAAGGAAACGCUGUUGGUGCUGCAACAUGUCCUUCCUGGUUUCUUCUCGAGGGCGACGGCCAUAAAAUACACAAAAUGGAAUGUGCAGAAGAAGAAGCCUGUAACAUCAAACGCAACACUCGCUGCCCUGGAGUUCUGGAUGAAGGAGGAGAUCGAGUUCUACCAGUUCGUGCAGCAACGCUUCUUCGUUCAGCUGGAGAGAGUCAGGGAGGAGAGGAGGCGCCUCAGGAAACAACAAUACCAGGAACAGGAACAAGAUAUAGAUAUAGAUGUGUGAGAGUUUGCAAUCACACACACAUAUACACACAUC